CGCGCGGCUCGGGGUCGACCCGGACUCGCAGGGCGGUGGCCGGGCAGUUAGCGGCAGCUGAGCGAGCGCGCCGGCGGGACGGAGGACUGGCCAUGGAGCGCGAGGUCCAGCGGGUUCGCGCGGCGUUCGGGUCCGGCCGCUCGCGCCCCCUGACGUUCCGGCGGCGGCAGCUCGAGGCCCUGCGCGCGAUGGUGCAGGAGCGCGAGAGGGACAUCCUGGCGGCCAUCGCCGCCGACCUGAGCAAGAGUGAAUUCAACGCAUACAGUCAAGAAGUCAUCACCGUGCUUGGGGAAAUUGAUCUCGUGCUGGAGAAGCUUCCUGAAUGGGCUGCUGCUAAACCUGCUCAGAAGAACCUGCUCACCAUGCUGGACGAGGCCUACAUCCAGCCAGAGCCCCUGGGAGUCGUGCUGAUUAUCGGAGCUUGGAACUACCCCUUUGUCCUCACCAUCCAGCCUCUGAUAGGAGCCAUCGCUGCAGGAAAUGCUGUGAUUAUCAAGCCUUCUGAAAUAAGUGAAAAUACAGCCAAGGUCUUGGCUAAGCUCCUCCCUCAGUACUUAGACCAGGACCUGUACGCGGUGGUUAAUGGUGGCAUCGAGGAAACCACGGAGCUUCUGAAGCAGCGAUUUGACCACAUUCUCUAUACGGGAAACACCGCUGUUGGAAAAGUUGUCAUGGAAGCCGCCGCCAAGCAUCUGACCCCGGUGACCCUUGAACUGGGAGGGAAGAGUCCGUGUUACGUUGACAAAGACUGUGACCUGGACGUCGCCUGCAGACGCAUCACCUGGGGCAAGUACAUGAACUGCGGCCAGACCUGCAUCGCCCCCGACUACGUGCUCUGCGAGCCGUCCCUCCAGGACCUGAUCGUGCAGAAGGUGAAGGAGGCCGUGAAGGAAUUUUAUGGAGAAAAUAUAAAAGAAUCCCCCGACUAUGAAAGGAUCAUCAAUCUUCGUCAUUUUAAGAGGAUACGAAGUUUGCUUGAAGGACAAAAGAUAGCUUUUGGUGGGGAGACCGAUGAGGCCACACGCUACAUAGCCCCAACGAUACUCACUGAUGUGGAUCCUGAAACCAAGGUGAUGCAAGAAGAAAUUUUUGGACCAAUUCUUCCCAUAGUGCCUGUGAAGAAUGCAGAUGAGGCCAUACAGUUCAUAAAUGAACGCGAGAAGCCCCUGGCCUUCUACGUGUUUUCUCGUAACACUAAGCUCAUCAAGCGGAUGAUCGACAGGACGUCCAGCGGGGGCGUCACGGGCAACGACGUCAUCAUGCACUUCAUGCUCAGCUCCCUGCCCUUCGGAGGCGUGGGGUCCAGUGGGAUGGGAGCGUAUCACGGAAAACACAGUUUCGAUACUUUUUCGCAUCAACGUCCCUGUUUGUUAAAAAGCCUGAAGCGAGAAGGUGCAAACAAACUCCGGUAUCCUCCCAACAGCCAGUCGAAGGUAGACUGGGCGAAACUGUUCUUCCUGAAACGGCUCAACAAAGGGAAGCUCGGGCUUCUGCUGCUGACCCUCCUGGGCGUCGUGCUGGCGGCGCUCAUGAAGGCUGGAUACUGCUGAAGAGUGAUCCGUGCUGCCUCCUCAUCCUCUCUCCUGAAUUAUUCUUCUACCAAAUAGUUAAUGAACCAAUAAUUUUUAAAUCCUACCAAAAAUUGUAAGACGAUAUGCAAAUGCACCAUCGCCGAACCUAAAAGUCAUUGCCACUCACCAUUAAUAAAACUCGCUGUUUCAGCCAAAGCCCAGCGCUCUCCCGCCCAGUAGUGAGACACUCGGAGAACCCCCAUCCCUAGAGCUCUGGGCUGGGGGAGGGGA